ACCAUGAGCCAGUCAGGGUCCGUGGGCUGCUGCCUGGGUGCCACCAAUGGUAGCCUGGGACGGUCCGAUGGGGUGGCCAAGAUGAGCGCCAAGGACCUGUUUGAGCAGAGGAAGAAGUACUCCAACUCCAACGUCAUCAUGCAUGAGACCUCGCAGUACCACGUCCAGCACCUGGCCACAUUCAUCAUGGACAAGAGCGAGGCCAUUGCCUCUGUGGAGGACGCCAUCCGGAAGCUGGUGCAGCUGAGCUCCAAGGAGAAGAUCUGGACACAGGAGAUGCUGCUUCAGGUCAAUGACCAGUCACUGCGGCUGCUGGACAUUGAGUCCCAGGAGGAACUGGAGAACUUCCCGCUUCCCACAGUGCAACACUGCCAGACAGUGCUCAACCAGCUGCGCUACCCGUCAGUGCUGCUUCUCGUGUGUCAGGACUCAGAGCAGAACAAGCCUGACGUGCACUUCUUCCACUGCGACGAAGUGGAGGCCGAACUGGUGCACGAGGACAUUGAGAGCGCGCUGGCCGACUGCCGCCACGGAAAGAAGAUGCGCCCGCAGACCCUCAAGGGCCACCAGGAGAAGAUCCGCCAGCGGCAGUCCAUCUUGCCCCCACCCCAGGGCCCGGCGCCCAUCCCCUUCUUCCGCCAGGGCGGAGGCUCACCACAGGCUACCAAGAACCGCGUGGGCCCGCCAGUGCCGCCCAGCGAGGCAGGCUUCCGCCGUCGGGAAUCGCUGGACGAGGAGCCUCGGGCCGUGCUGGCGCACAAGAUCGAGAAGGAGACGCAAAUCCUCAAUUGCGCCCUGGAUGACAUUGAAUGGUUCGUGGCGCGGCUGCAGAAAGCGGCCGAGGCUUUCAAGCAACUGAACCAGAGGAAGAAGGGCAAGAAGAAGGGCAAGAAGGGGCCUGCAGAGGGUGUCCUGACGCUGCGGGCCCGGCCCCCCUCCGAGGCCGAGUUCAUCGACUGUUUCCAGAAGAUCAAGCUAGCCAUCAACCUGCUGGCCAAACUGCAGAAGCACAUUCAGAACCCGAGCGCCGCGGAGCUCCUGCACUUCCUCUUCGGACCCCUGGAACUGAUCGUCAACACUUGUGGAGGCCCGGAAAUCGCGCGUUCAGUCUCCAGCCCACUGCUUUCCCGCGACGCAGUGGGCUUCCUGCGAGGCCACCUGAUCCCCAAGGAGAUGGCCUUGUGGGAGACACUGGGCGAAGCCUGGACACGCCCUCGCGCUGAGUGGCCAAGAGAGCCACAAAUGCCCAUGUACGUGCCCAAGUUCCACAACGGUUGGGAGCCGCCCCUGGAUGUACUGCAGGAGGCGCCCUGGGAGGUGGAGGAGCUGGCAGCUGCACCUGAAGACGAGCCCAGUCCAGUGAGCAGAAUGUCCUUUCGAAACUCACAAAAGCACAGCCUGGCAUCUGAACCCACAGCCCCAGGGGACAUCAGCAGCCUCCAUGCUCACAGGGGCUACGACCCAACGCCCAACAUGGGCAAGUACGUCAAGAUCCUAUAUGACUUCACGGCCCGGAAUGCCAACGAGCUGUCUGUCCUCAAGGAUGAGGUCCUGGAGGUGCUGGAGGACGGCCGCCAGUGGUGGAAGCUGAGAAACCGCAGCGGGCAGGCAGGCUACGUGCCCUGCAACAUCCUGAAUGAGAUUGGACCAGAAGAGGCCAGUGCCCCCCUUGAGCAGACUGGUCCGAAGUACUGGAGUCCUGUCAGCCCCACCCACAAGGUACCCCCAAGCUUUGGUGGGAACAAAGAAGAGCUGCUUCAGCACAUGGACGAGGUGAACGACGAGCUCAUCAAGAAAAUCAGCCACAUCAAGGCACAGCCACAGCGCCACUUCCGCGUGGAGCGCAGCCACCCAGUGCACCUGCCGCUCACCUUCGAGUCAGGCCCGGAUCAGGUCCGCGCGUGGCUGGAAGCCAAGGCCUUCAGCCCGCGCAUCGUGGACCACCUAGGCAUCCUGACUGGAGCCCAGCUCUUCUCGCUCAACAAAGAGGAGCUCAAGAAGGUGUGCGGGGAGGAGGGCAUCCGCGUGUACAGCCAGCUGACCGUGCAGAAGGCCUUCCUGGAGAAGCAGCAGAGCGGGUCAGAGCUGGAAGAACUCAUGAGCAGGUUCCAGAGGAGGGUGGACAGCUAG